AUGGCAGCCCAUAAAAUAUUGAAAGAACAUGGUUAUCAAGUUUCAUCAUAUGGUACAGGUUCAGCAGUGAGGCUUCCUGGUCCGAGUAUAGAUAGACCAAAUGUUUACCCAUUUGGAACACCAUAUGAUAAAAUAUAUAAAGAAUUAGAAGCACAAGAUCCCAAAUUAUAUCAAGCAAAUGGUAUUCUAAGGAUGUUGGAUAGAAAUAGAAAGAUUAAAGAAGCACCACAAAGAUGGCAUGAAGGGAGAGAAACAUUUGAUUUCGUGUUUACAUGUGAGGAAAGAUGUUUCGAUUCAGUUUGUGAAGAUUUAUUACAUAGAGGUGGUAAUUUGAAUAAAAUUGUUCAUGUUAUUAAUGUUGAUAUUAAAGAUGAUGACGACAAUGCAAGAUCAGGUGGUAGAGGGAUACUAGAAUUAGCUGAAAGCUUAGCAAAAGCUUCAAAAUUAUCAAAAACUCAUGAAGAUAGUGUACCAUUUGAAGAUCAAAUCUUGGAUAUUUUAACUAAAUGGCAAGAAAAUCAUUCAAAUUUACCACUACUUUACGCUCCGUUGUUUUAUUAA